AUGAGAGCACUUUUACUGUUUUUCUCAAUUUUUCAAUUUGCGACAAGUUUGAAUAUUUUGGUCUAUGUUUUAUGUUUGGGUCAAAGUCACCUCGAUUUUAUGGAUUCGAUUGUUGAUACUUUAGUGGAUCGAGGACAUACUGUUGUAGGUUUUUCGAAUGGAACUUGGACGGGGGAAGUUAGGUUUUAGAGUGAGAUUGUGAUGAGAAUCAUCGCAAUUCCCACUUGGAGCAAACUUUUCAGAAAAAAAACCAACAAUUUCACAUUUCCAGGAUGUCCUUAUGGGAAAAGCCAACAGUUUAGUAAAAUCAAAUGGAACCAAAAAAGUUCGGCGAAGAUUUAUCUACGGUUAUCAUACAGACUGUCCAUGGUCAAAAAUACCGCAUCUUCUAAAUCCAUUCGAAAAAACGCCGAGGAAUUAUGAUGGGCAUAAGGUUUUUGAGAACAUUUCAUCUGCAGUUUGUGAGAGUGAGUUAGGCUAAAUUGUCAUUGUAUAGGUUAUUAAAAAUCUGAUGGCCAUCAAAUUUUUUUGAAAAUAAAUCAUGAAUUCAUAGAAAAAUGAAAAAAUAUUAGAUUUUUCACAAAAAUUCUACGUGGCUAUAUUCAAAACCAAUUUUUCAGUUGGACUAUCUGAUCCCGAACUUUAUAAAUGGAUGUCUCAAGAAAAAUACGAUCUCGGAGUGUUAUCAGACUAUGAAUUUUGCGGUCUUGCAAUAUUUGAACAAUAUGGAAUCAAAACAAAAGCUUCUGUUAGUGCUUUGCCUUUGAUGGAUCAUCAAAGUAUUUUGUUGGGUUUGCCCAAUUCUGCUUCGGUAACGCAUGGUGAGUUUAGUUUAGAAAAUUGGGAUUCGGGUUUAAAAUAGAAAGAUAUAUUUUCGGAUGUAAAAUUUCCAAACAGAUUUAGAUUUCACAGUUGUAAAACCUGCAACUAACUAUACCAAAAAACAUAAGCCUAAAAUCAAAGUCGAUCACUUGAUCAAGAAAAAUUAAUACUAUCAAACCUAGAACUAAUCUCGAAGCUAACAAAGCUCAACCUUCCAACCUUCCCAAAUUCCAGCAUUAUUCGAUGUCGAAGAUCUCUCAACCAUCUUCGGUCGAUUUUUCAACUUGCUCAGAUGGACUAACAACUAUUACAACAUGCAUGCGUAUUUCUCAAGAAAACAAGCUGAAAUAAUUCACAAAUACUUGGACUCUUCGAUGAACUUAGACGAACUUGCGCGAAACUACGAUAUAGUUUUUGUCAAUGCAAAUGAGCUGGUCGAAAGACCUCGACCGAUUUCACACAAAGUCAAAUACAUCGGAGGAAUCAAUAUGAAACCGCCAAAACCAGUGAAUCCGGAGCUCGAUAAAAUUAUGUCGAUUUCGACGAGUGGAGUUGUUAUUUUUAGUUUUGGAACACAAGUUAAAUCAUCGACAUUUUCACCAGAAAUUCGAAAAUCGUUUGCAAAUGCUUUUCGGAAAUUUCCUGAUUAUACAUUUAUAUGGAAAUAUGAAAAACAACCGGGAGAUGAGAAAAUCUUUGGGAAUACGACAAAUCUACACUUUUUGAAUUGGCUUCCGCAAACUGAUAUUUUAAGUAGGUUUUAUUGUUAGGGGAAUGGGGUGAAUCGUAGAACAGGUCCCCACCAAUGUCAUUUUAAGCCCCCACUAGUCAGACAUAUUAUCUCAGAAAAAAAAUUACGCAUGUGUGACGACAACAACUAGUGUGUAACAAGCCCCACCACUGAAUACAGCAGUUUCACAAGUGGUACAGAAACAAUACCAGUGGCACCAGUGUGUCCUAACUUGUCACACACUUGUGAAAAAUAAAUUUGAAUUCGCGGGCAGCACACAAACUGCGCACGCUUGUACAAGUCCCCACAACAGUUUUACUAGUCUGCACACACUUGUCACACACUGGUGAAUCACUUGGGGCAGCGCGUUUCAUCGAGCGAAAAUAUUUUCAUUUUCUUUUCAAUUUUCGGUCUAAACCUGUGUUUUUUUGCUGUUUUUGGGGGUUUCUCAUACUUUUCUUUUCUCAUAUGUGUACAAUUAUAACUUCUAUCAGUUUCUAUUUUAACACUGUUCAAAAUUUCAGCCGAUUCAGUCCCGUUUUGGAUCGAAAUCGAGUUUUUGGAAUGGAUUCAAUCAGUUUCGGUUGACAUGUGCAGUUCUCUGAUUGUCAGGUUGGUUUUUAUUGAAAAACUAAACUUAAAUAGCAAUUCCCUAUUUUUUUCAGAACCGGUCAGCUUUCAAAAUUGCUUAUUUUCGGGAAUUCGAACAAAAAAUGGGAAUCGCCGUCAUUGGAAUUCAACAAACAAUACAAAGGUUAGUCAAGUAAAUUUUAAUGGUCGUGAAGUUGCUAUAUGAUUUGAAAAUAAUUUUUGAGAUCCAAAAAAUCAUCCAAAUCACAAAAACUCUAAUCAUUUGACAAGUAUCGUCAAAAAUAACUUCAGAGAGGAAACAAAAGUAAUUUGGGGAUUUAUAAUUUAAAAUCUAUGAGAAAAUAAUACAAACCAAGCAUUUCACCAAAAUAAGUUUUUCAAAAUAUUCGAAAUGUAAACUGUUCCUUUUUCAGAGUCGAUCUAA